GCGGCCAACAUUUCCCGUUGAGUGAACGUGUGGCGGCUUCAUACUUUCACUCAGCGCGCUGAUCUGCAAAAUGCUCUCUUCUUGAAAAGCUCCCCCUUUUUAAUUUCCCAACUUUUAAAAUUACCCUCGCCGAGUAAAAGAGAGAAAAGACACUUGAUCAAAAUCUGUCAGCAAAGUUGAACAGGUGGAACGUCGUCGUCGGGAGUCAACAAGUCUCACCUACGUGGGACUGAAGCCUCAGAAGGUUGCACGUCACCUGAGUGUGAUAACGAGACAACAUGUCUAAAAUGUCCCAGGAAAGUUAUGCUGCCUUGGAUGAGUCUUCUCUCCGAGCUUUGCUGGAUGGAACCGUGGAUCUGGACGAGAGACGCCUCAUCCGUUCAGCUAUCCGCGAGUUGAGGAGGAGAGAGAUCGAAGACAUGGAGGCCGCGUUGGCCAGCAAGAGGUUUCGCCACACACGACUCAAACAGCAGGAGGACAAGGAAAACCAGCACAGGUCAGAAUCCAGCGUGGCUUUAGAUGGCCUCUCACACAGACUAAAAGCAAUCAGCGAUGUCGACGAACUCACCAAGAUGCUCCGUGCUGCCGUCGAAUACGAGGAGAGGAAGAUGAUUCGAGCAGCCAUUCGACAAAUCAGAGACGAACAGCAACAAGGACAAGUGGAGAGGGUUAAAGGCCCUGGUCACAGCCUGGAGACAGAGAGUCUGGAGCCCCACAGCAUUAAGGGAAUUGCGCGAAGAGAGCAGGACUGUGAACAAGACCACAUCAAAUCUCAGAUCCGGGAGUUACGUGGCCAGCAGACUAACCAAAGCAGAGAGCUACAGAGACUAGGAUCCAACUCAGGCAUGGUGCUCGUUCUUGACCAUCUGGUGAAAGAGGACGGCUCUGGACCGUUGCUGAUCCAGCCACAAAGAGAAGCAGUGGCCACAGAGACCGACCUGGUUCUGUCCCACCGUCAGAGGUCUGAUUCUGCCGCUUCAGACUGCAGUGGGGGCUCUUUAAUUUCCAGAUCCAAUAUGGAUUCUAUGACCACAGAAAAGAGCCUGAGCUCAACCUACAGAGCACGAUCAGAUUCUGGAGCCUCAGACAGAAGCCAGCGCUCCUCUCAGCGCAGUAGACAAGAUUCUGGGACGUCAGAGCAUAGUCUCGAAUCCCAAUCUUGCAUCAAUCAGACAAUCGGCACAGAUGGUUGUGAUUCUUGUAUCGGGCUCCCUUCAGGUUUUGACAGCACUGAUUUGUCAACAAACCAUAAGGACUCCGAUGGCGGUAUGAGUAUGUUCUCUGAAGAGAGGUGUCCGCCAGAUGAAGAGGAGGUGGACACGAGUGUCGCCGCUCACAGUCCUGACUCAGAAAACGAGACUAGAAGCCACGAUGAAUGGAACGUGGAGGUUCCAUCCAGCGAUGACCACCUCCUCAACCAGGAUCUUCCAGAUGGAGCCGUCAUGUCUCGAAGAAACCUUGAAACCGGCUCAGUCAAUGGUACGGCCGAGGAAAGGACCGACAUCCUGAGACAACAGACGUCAGCAUGUGAUCCAACCCUCACUCAUGGCAAGGAUGCUGCACCUGAGAAGAAAGAUGUUCUGCCAGAGCAAUCCAAACGCACCAACUCUGUACGCGAUAGGAUGCGCAAGUUCAAUGAACCCAGUCGGAACAUAAUUCUCCCAGCUUUGAAGAAGACUCCUUUGAGCAGCAGUGGCCAGACAAACUUCUCCAGAGCUGCGGAGGUGUUUACUCCCUCUGCAACAUCCCUCAUCUCCUCUGGCAACAGACCAGCAUGGGCGCGCGCAGACUCCGCAGCUCACACCUCUGCUGCAUCCAAAAGUCAGGCCACACCUCAGCUCAGAGGUGUGGCUAGCAAACCUCUGUCUUCAACCGGCCAAUCCCAGCAGUCCAUGGGUGGUACGAGGCUCCCGACUGAGAAGAGCGAGUCUGUCUUGAGGGAUUCAAAGGAAGACCAGACCCCAGGGAGAGAAGCUGGGCAGCAGUCCACCCAAGAAGAAGCCGACCCAGACAUGAAGACCUUUCUCACCAUUGAGAUCAAGGAUGGGCGCAGCACAUCUUCGUCCACAUCCUCCCAGAGGGGCAACAUCGUGCCCAUCAGCAACAUGUCCCCGCACAUCACCGCCAAUGCUCUGGGGCAGAGAACAGAGCUGACCUUUGGCCUCAGAGCCACACCAUUCAAGAUCUCCUCGUCCUCCAGCUUCUCCUCUGGAUCUUCCAUUAAGAUGGAGACGGAGCCUGUCGCUGCCUCAGAGCCGGUGUUUUCAUCCGGGCCGUCUGUCCAAGUGCACAUCCCCGCAAUCCCGAAUGGUUCCACCAUCCAGGCCAAUGCUGAGGAGUGUCCCGGAAAACUGACUGCUGCGCAGUUGGCUGCUAUCGAGGAUGAAGAGCUCCUCGAUAAAAUGCUUGAUGAGUCCAAAGAUUUUGAGGAAAGGAAAAUGAUCCGUGCAACCAUGAGGGACCUUCGCAAGAAAAAGAGAGAGGCCAUGCUGGGAUGUACUCAAGUGGAAAUAGACCAGAGAGAAAAAGAACGCGAGGCUCGUCUGCAGGAGCUCCGGCAGCAGAGAGACGAGCGUUCCAACAAAAGUCGUGCCGGAGUCGGGGCAGGAGAAGUGGUGAUGAGGAAGGUGGAGAAAUCUGCAGAUGGCUCAACCCUUAGCCAAGUCACCAAGACGGACCGCUUUGCUCAUUCCGAUGAUGGAAGCCGAUCAUCUCGCAGCACGGUCGUUGAGGCUAGUUAUGUGCAGAAAACAGACAGAGGGACGCUCCAGUCUAAGUCUUACAGCUAUACAUCUUCAUCCUCCUCUAAUACAAGCAAAAAAGUUGGCAGCGUGUUUGAUCGCGAGGACGAGACGUCGUCUCGCAGCGGCGGGUUGGCCGCCGUAGAACGAAGGCAAGCUGAGAGGCGCAAGGAGCUGACGAGGGCGCAGACUUUGCCCAAGACAUCGGCCAUGCAGGCCCGCAAAGCCAUGAUAGAGAAGCUGGAGAAGGAGGGAGGAGGCCCGGGACAGCAGGUGGUCUCCAAAGUAAACAAGGUCCAGCGUUCCACCAGCUUUGGCGUACCUAACGCCAACACCAUCAAGCAGAUGCUGCUCGACUGGUGCCGUGCCAAGACCCGCUCAUAUGAGCACGUGGACAUCCAAAACUUUUCAUCCAGCUGGAGCAACGGCAUGGCGUUCUGCGCACUGGUGCACAACUUCUUCCCGGAGGCCUUCGACUACAGCUCCCUGAGUCCCAGCAACCGCAGGCAAAACUUUGAGGUGGCCUUCAGCAAUGCAGAGAAACUAUUGGACUGUCCGCAGCUGCUGGACGUGGAUGACAUGGUGAAGAUGCGCGAGCCUGAUUGGAAGUGUGUGUACACGUACCUGCAGGAGUUCUACAGGGGUCUGGUGACCAAGGGCCUGGUUAAAACCAAAAACUCCUCCUAAAGUUGCACCCGAGCCUAAAAGCGAACCCAUGGACAUAUGCCAACUGCAUGCCGCUCCUGGAAGUGGAGGACAUGAUGAUCAUGGGAAACAAACCUGACUCCAAAUGCGUAUUCACCUACGUGCAGUCUCUGGUCAACCACCUGCGCAGGCACGAGAUGGCCAUGGGUCGGCCUUAUGACCUUUGACCGUGUGCUUCGUAACCAAGGUUUGGCCUCGGUGUGGCGGGUCACACCUUCACUAAUGAACCAGGCAAGGCGAAUUAUGUGUGCGAGUGUGUUAAAUACUUCCGUAAGCAGUGUUGAUGUGUAGUCCUCUCCUGGAUAAAAUCACAUACAUAUUUUACAGCAAAAUAGUGUUGAAGGAGCUAACAUUUUUACAAGCACCCAUUUCGUUGCUAUUUAAAAAAAAUCUGCCGUUUGUAUGCUAGUGACACACAGCAACUGAGGAAACAAUAUAAACUACUUUUUUUUUUAUUUUAACUUAUUUAUAUUUUCAAUUUGACAUUCAAUGACAUCAGUCCGACUAAACAAGAAAUAUUGGAAUGCAUAAUUGCUGUUUAAUGUUGGUACUUUGAAAUUUUAGACCCAACUCUGGUCACUUUAUUUAAAGUUAUUGUUCUCCUUCUGGUGUCAUUCAACAUAUUGCUAUUUAAUACAUUCGCACUGGGUUGUUUAUUUGUAGUAAUCUAUAUAUCCGUAUUUAUAGCAAUGUUAAGCUCAGUUGUCUGGUCUGCAGUGCUACUGAAAACAAACAUCACGUUUAAACAAAACUUGUGUACUGUCACAGCAAAUGAUCUUCCCGCCACAAUCAUCACACUUAUUUUUAUUCUUAAUUUUGGACUUUAUUAAGGGAAAAGGGCCAUCUCUAAUGGUAGAUUAAAAAAAAAAAAGUUUUUAGUUGAUGUUGUGGGCCUGAUGAGCUGCAGCUCUCAGUUAAAACAAAAUUAACUAAACUUAAGUGCAUGUGUAUAUUUACAACAACAAAAAAAGUUUUUUUUUUUUAAAGUUUUUAUUUUAUCCUGCCUACAAUUUGCAGUGUUUUACAUUCUUGGUUGGAUGAAACAAAAUGUAUUCACUUUAUUCUGUAGAUCAAAAAGAAAUGCUAUCCCAGUGCUGCCAACUAAGACAAACUUUCCGCAAGGCAGGGAGUGCUGUAAAUAAAUAGUUUGUGCACCGCACCUCAAUGUGAAUUCAUUAAAGAUGUCAAGUCCA